AUGCGUCAGCUGAGUGAGCCUGCUAAGGUUGCAUUAGCGGACAAUCUACCCCUGCGCAUUCCGACCACUCGUGAGUUGGAUGCAAUGAUCUUAUCGUUCACUCAGCGUAUUUCUGAUGAUAGCGUUUAUGUUGCUAUGGAAGCCGAGAAUCUCGACUCUAUGAUGAGAUCUCGCAGUUCUUAUGCUGGUCAAAGCAUAGCUAGAGCCUCAUUCAGUCUCAAACCAGGUGAUCAGGUUGUGCGUUACAAUCAUGGUCGCAAUAAGCUAGAUAGACGUUGGAUUGAGGAUGUAAUUUAUACUGUAGUUAGUAUCAAUGGAGUGAUCGCUGGUAUCACUCAUACUGUUGGUCAAGUUAGAUUUGAUUACAUCGGUAACCUGAAGAAGGUUAACGCAGCAGUUGAUGUUGUUGAUCAGUAG